AAAUCUCGUCAAGCGUCCGUUUCUGAUUCUCUUCAUCCAAGCGAGUACAUGUGAAACGCUGAUUUCUGAAAAGUCUACCACUGUGUGCAAAGAAGACAAAGCCAACUUCUCAAAGUUUUCCUCCUAAGAAUUUUCUUCAAUCCCUUUCUUUCUACAUGUGUUCUUGUUUCUUUAAUGAAACAAUGAUGCUUGAGUAACACUGAACCGAGGUAUGGAUAUGAGCCAAGGUAAAUCCCUGGCAGAUUCCAUCAAAGCAAAGUUGGAAUCCUUGUCUUCUCUUUCAAACCAGUGUUGUAUCUACAAGGUACCCAAUAAGCUCCGCAGGCUCAACCCAGAUGUCUACUCGCCUCGGCUUGUAUCCUUUGGCCCGUUUCAUCGGGGUAAAGAAGAUCUUCAAGCCAUGGAAGAGCAUAAAUACAGGUACUUGCAGAGCUUUCUCCCUAGAGUAACCUUUAGCUUAGAGGAUCUUGUUAGAGUAGCAAGAACGUGGGAAGAGGAUGCUCGGAGUUGUUACGCAGAAGAUGUGAAACUCAACAGCUACGAAUUUGUGAAAAUGUUAGUUGUGGAUGGGAGCUUCUUGGUUGAACUUAUUCUGAGAUCUCGUUAUCCUCAUCUAGUAACCGAGAACGAUCGCAUAUUUGGGAAGCCGUGGAUGAUCACUGACGUGUGUCGUGACAUGAUUCUGAUAGAAAACCAGUUACCCUUUUUCAUUGUGAAGGGUUUUUUCAGUCUCUUGACUCCUUACUACCAACAAGGAACACCUUCAAUACUGGAGAUGGUUAAAAGCCACUUCAGUUGUUUCUUGAGCAACAUUGAUGAUAAAAUGUUUGAAUCUUCAGAGCCAGAGCAUUUUGUUGAUCUUCUGAGGUCUUGUUAUCUGCCGCUAGUUCCAAUCAUAUUGGAAGAAGGCAUAUCUACGGUUUACAACGCGCCGAAAGCAACAGAGCUACACAAUGCUGGUGUUAAGUUCAAGUCAUAGAGACAUUAUGAACAGUGGGAUCUUUAUGAACAGUCUUGGAGCCGCAGAAGAUAUUUCAGAUGUGUUCGAUAGCAUCUGCACAGAGGUUAUCUUUGGCAGAAAGUUUUACUUUCAGAGCCUCUCUGAGAACUUACAAUCUUACUGCAACACACCAUGGACUAUUUCCACAAUCCUUGGUCAGUUGCUUCUGUUUUGGCUGCUUUGCUUCUUCUCCUUCUCACUUUCAUACAGGCUGUAUGCUCUAUCUUGGCUCUGUGAGUUAUUACCACAGGUACUUGCAUCUUCUAAGACAUCAUUUAGUAGUCGAAACUCAAUAAAACCAAACAUUUUAUUGAGAAUGUAGACACAAGCAGUCAGAUCGUGACAUGACUACGUACUGAAUCUUCCAAUAAGUUGAACUGCUAGUUUUGUUAAGGAGAUUAGAAAUAAAUUAAGGAAUAAUAAUCUUUAAAGGUUAAGAGACUAUCUCAAUGUCAAAUAAACAAACCGGAACACCUACCAGAACCUAAAUCCAAGUACCCUAAGAACUCAAUUCUUCAGACAUUGUCAUCGUACAAGGAGACAGGAUAUUUAGCUGCAGACAACUCAGCCUUCAACUUGUCCAUUUGAGCUUCCAUUUCUGAAUACUUCCGCUUCAAUGGCUUUAGUUCUUCCUCCAUUUCUUGAAGCUGAGCCAAACAAGAUUUUCCUUUCUUCUUCUUUUCCUUAACUUCAUCAAGUUUCUUCCCCAACCAAUCCAACUGAAACCCCUCAGCUGCCAAGUAUGACAGAGCAGCAUAUUCCUCUGGGAGAUCAUCCUUGGAGAUUUCCCAAGGCGAUUGGCAUAGCGCCUGGGUUAAGCUUAAGAGGAUAUUCAUGUAUGCCGUCUUUAGAUAUGGAUUCUUUGGAAGAAAUUUUGAUGCAAUAUUUCAAACAAACGGUUCACUGAUUCUACCUGCAAGUGGAAAAUAGAUAUAUAAAGUAAAGCCAUAGCACAAUAGACUAUCUUCAGCUUGUAACUAUAUUAAGAAACUAAACUACUAGUGAGAGACUUGGAUUUGUCAUUUUUUCUUUCUAUGUGUUCAAAAAUAUUUUAUACUAUAAUUACUUAUAGAAAAGAAUA